CCUUUAAGCGCCGUAAUGAACAGCCCCAGCAGCCCAUCAACGAGGCGCUGCCCUGCCCUGCCCCCAGCGCCCGCACCGGAAGGAAGAAGUGAGGAAAGGAAGGGAGAACGGAACGCCGCCCGGCGAAGGGCGUUUCCGGGGGAGUGCUGUGUGAGCGCACUGCGUGGCUGCGUCUUCUUCCGGCACACGUGCUCGCUGGCCAUGGAGUGGGACUUCUCAUCAUCUGACAUCUUUUCUGGGCUGACUGUUGACCCUGAUUCUCUGGGGAAGAAACUUGACUUGGACUCCAGAAGCAUUGUUUCAUCCAGGACAGAUUUGGAAGAAAAAACACUUCUAUCGAAAAAAGAAAAAAUGAAGCUGAGGAAAGAGAGAUGGCUACAGAAAAUAGCAAGUGUGAAGCUAGCCAAGCAGAAGCAAAAAGCUGAAGCAAAGCGAAAGGCAACACCUGUUGUGGGAGACAUGCAGCCACUGAUGGAAGCCCUGCCUGAACUCUCUGAUCUGGCCGCAGGAAUCAAGGGCAGGAAGCCAUCCAAGAGGCAUGUUAAAGCAAAGGCAGAACCAGCGGACUUCUGUAUGAUGAAACAAGCUCAGAAACACAGGCUCUUGUAGGUUCCUGGUUAUCAGAUGUCCAGUGUUCUUGCUCAAAAUCAUAGAAUGGUUGGGGUUGAUAAGGACUUCUGGAGGUCAUCUGGUCCACCCCUCUGCUCAGGCAGGGUCACCUGGAGCCAAUUGCCCAGCUGGCUUUUCACUGUCGCCAAGGAUGAAGAUCACACAACCUCAAUGUGCAGCCUGUUCCCUUGAUGCAGGAUAUUGCAGGUGUCCUGUUCAGAAUCCUGCCGGACUCAGUCCACUUUUACUUCUGUCUCAUGUAACAUUUAAGAGAGCACGGGAAGCAGCACUUGCUCCUUAAAGAGUUCGCUUUUCCUGUCUCACUGAAAAGAACCCUAGCUUUGGCCCCCUUGUUUGAUCUCUGGGGUUUCAGAACAAACCCACACCAACCAUUCCUGCUUGGUUUAAGCCAAGUGAGUGUGCACAGCCAGGCUGGCGUGCCCUCUGUCUCAGCUUGCUGAUUUGGAAUUGCAGCACUCAGCUGUGUCUCAGUCUCCUAAGACACUGGCCCAUGCAGCUCUAGCUGAUACCCUUCUGGAAAGCCUUCAGGUUGUGUAGGUGAGGAUCUCUUCAAUCUGUGCAUAGCAUGAGGUGCUACAGCCACUCUGCUGAAGUACCUUUGGGUUGCUAACUUUUAAGCCUUGCAUCCUUUAUGGGGACAGCUGUGCACUGGCAUCUGCCAAACCUUUUCUUAUAAAGUGAAACGCUAUAUGUACUUGUGAAUAAUUCUUGGAGUUUCACUAAGAGUCUAGCAACUCCUUGUUCCUUUGUAUAAUCUGUUGGAUAUUUUAUACUACCACAAGGCAUCAGGAACUUCAUUUGCCCUCAGUGCAAGUCUCCUGGAGCUAGGCUCUGUGACUGGGCAGUGUUUGCUUUCUGUAAUCACUGCUUCUGGGGUGUCUCUGUCCUAUGAAGAGCUGUAGUAGGGAGGGAACUAGCUGCCUGCUGCAAGCAGGGGAGUGCUCAGCUGAUCUGAUCUACAACAUGGAAGGAAGGAAAUGUGUGUCUGGCAGAGGUAUGGAGAGCUGAGGAGUCUGAGUGAGAUGGAGAGACCACGAUGGAGGUGACUUACAUGAAAGCUCACUUUUUUUUAUUUUUACACCUUGCCCUCUGUUCUUGUUUCUCCCUGCUUGCUUGUUUUUUGAGAGAAGAUUUCCACAGCAACCAGCUGUAAGCAAGUAUACAGAGGUAAUUCUGUCAUGCCCCUACCAUGGUGUCUAACUAGUGUUGCACAUAGGAAGCCUCUAUGUUUGAGCAAUAAACAGUAGUCAGUAGAUGAGCUUGCAAGUGCAGAAUCUGCAUUUGUGCUUGUGUGAUCUGAAGGAGUCUUCAUUGUGAGUGCAUUUACCAAAUACCCACGGUCUCUUUCUUGUUUUAGUGGGGAAGGCUCUAAAAAAUGUCAAACUGAUAGUUGACACUGACAUGAUUGUUUCUGUCUGUGGCAUGAGAUCAAUCUGCUGGCUCCCACAGAUCUGGCAGCAAUUUGAGCAUUGCCCUUGGGUAAAUUAGGUCAAUUUCUUGCACUAUUUCUUUCUGAGGUUUACACUGAAGAUAAUCCUGUUGGUACAGAAGUCUGUUGCUUUGUGAGCUUUUUUCUUAUCUGCUCAGUUUCUUUUGCAUUAACCAAUUGAGUGUGGUCUUUUUUUCUCUCCUCAGAGAGGAGGAAGUGGCCCAGUUUCAUGAGGUCAUCGCAAAUCCCAGGUACAAAGCCAACCCCCUCUUGGUCAUCAGUGAGCAUGUCUCCAAGAGGCUAAGGCAGGAAGAAGGCAAACCCCUCUAGGGCAUCAGCUAGGACCAAG